UUCUUUUUCAUUCAUUCACAAAUUCUCAUCGACGAUACAUCAAUUUCUUAUCGUUUCCUUUUCUUUUUCUUAUUCUUUAAAUUAAACUAAGUUAAUUUGAACUUUGCUUUUCCUCUACUCUGUGAAUAGUCUAUUUGGAAUAUUAACUAAUUAUGUCUGAACGUCAAAUUAAUAGAAUUGGAGGUCGAUAUGGUAAUUCAUCUUCUUCUUCUUCUUCAUCUUCAUCCUUCUAUUCACCUAUGAACAAGUUUGGUAUUUCCUGUGAUGUUUGUUGCCACUCGAUUCCUGGUGAACACAGAAGAGCAAUUUUCGCAAUCGGUCCAUGUGAUCAUCCAAUUUGUUAUCAUUGUUCAACCAAAACAGUAUUAUAUGAACAAAAUGAAUGUUCAAUAUGUCGUCAAGAAGUUUCCGAGAUUAUUUUUACCGAAGAUUCAACAAAAAAGUUUACUGACUUUAAUUUAUCGAAAUUCUAUUUCGAUGAUAAAUCCAAAAUUUACUUCGAAACUCAAAGCUGCUUUGAUACAUUUAAUUCUCUACUUGAAGAAAAAUGUAAAAGGUGUAAAGCAACUUUCGACAGUGUAAAUGAAUUAAAGACUCAUCUAUGGCACAAACACAGAUUAUCAACGUGCGAAGUUUGUGAUCAAAACUUGAAAAUAUUCAGUGAAGAAAGAAAAUAUUAUAAUGCUGGACAAUUGGAAGCUCAUAUGAAGAUUGGUGAUCCUGAUGAUCAAUCAUUCCAAGGACAUCCAUCUUGUCAACUUUGCGAUGAACGUUGUGUCGACCCAGAGGAGCUAAAUCGUCAUUUACGUCGAGACCAUUAUUUUUGUCAUCUUUGUGAUACUAGUAAAGUUAUCUAUUUCGACAAAUAUGAGACACUGAAUCAACAUUUUCGUGAGAAACAUUAUCUAUGUGAAGAAGGAUCUUGUAAGAAUGAACAAUUUACUUCCGUUUUUCGAACUGCAAUGGAUUAUCGAGCUCAUAACGUUCAAAGCCAUUGUCACACUAAAUCGCAAGUUAAAUAUGCACGAACAUUAUUAAAGUUACAAGGUCCAAGAGUUGGUGGAUUUUAUUCACCGAUUGUUCCCGCUCGAAUUAAUCCUGACGAUGAUCUGUCCGAUUCCAGAGGAAAUGAUAAUCAUGGUGAAUAUGAUUAUCAAGGUAAUCGAAGUGAUCAUGGUGAAAGAGGUAAUGAUCGUAACCCUCCAAAUAUAACAGAUGAUUUUUGGAUUCCCGACGAUCUUUCAAAUUUUGGAGCUGUAGGUCCUAUUCAACUUAGACCAGAAGAUUUUCCAUCACUUGGAGAAAUAAGUAAACAAAGACCACAAGAUCGACCUGUUGUCAGAUUGAUAGUCAAUGGUCAGGACUUAAAAGCUUGUGCAAAACCUAAACAAAAGUUUAGUACAAAAGUGAAAGAAAGUGGCACUUUCGGUAACAAAAAAGAUGAAGAUUUUCCAACCCUUUGUGCUCCUGAGCCUUCAUCUUCCCUCGCCAAACGAGAUGGGAAAAAGACCAAAUCGAGUAAAUUGUCGAUGAAAGAUGUAGCCCAAUUGAUCGAAUCCAAACAAUUCUGAAGACCAAGAGAAGCCAUUCAGCCAACCAUUUAGCUUCUGGUGAAUUGGUCGCAAAUCUUUUUUUGAUUUCUCUGGAGUUCGGUCACUUGGAUCAAAACAAAAUUUUGGAAAACAAAUCAGAAUCAGAAAAAUAAUCUCACAUGAAACUGAAAUUGCAACUAACUUUCACCUUUUCUUUUAUAAUCAAUUGUACGAAACUGUAUCACACUUGAUGUUUUUCUAGUAGAAAAUUAAACCAUUCACAUUUUCUACAAAA